AUGUGGACUGCGCCCGACCCCGCCACGGGACGGCGCGGGCCCCGGGGGCUGUACCGUGAGGCGGCGGAGGCGCGGGCUUGGGGCCGGCGAGCCUUCGGGGCGGAGCGAGGGAACCGCGAGCCCUUCCUGCAGGCGCUGGGCCUGCUCUGGUUCCGCUACCACAACCUGUGGGCCCAGAAGCUGGUCCGCCAGCACCCGCUCUGGGGCGACGAGGAGCUGUUCCAGCACGCGCGCAAGAGGGUCAUCGCCACCUACCAGAACAUCGCGAUGUAUGAGUGGCUGCCCAGCUUCCUGCAGCAAGCACCGCCGAAUUACACAGAGUACCGCCCUUUCCUGGACGCCAGCAUCUCUCCGGAGUUCCUGGCGGCCUCUGAGCAGUUCUUCUCCACCAUGGUGCCCCCUGGCGUCUACAUGAGGUCUCACGGGGGUCAUGCUGCUCCUGGUUCUCGCCGUCAUGUACAUCUUCGCCUCCCACCACUUCCAGCGCCGCAGCUUCCGGGGCUUCUGGCUGACCCACCACCUCUACAUCCUGCUCUACGUGCUGGAGUGACCCGCCUCGAGUUCCAGCGGCCCCAAGGCUUUGAGUACAAGUCAGGACAGUGGGUGCGGAUCGCCUGCCUGGCUCUGGGGACCACAGAGUGCCACCCUUUCACCCUGACUUCUGCGCCCCACGAGGACACGCUUAGCCUGCACAUCCGAGCAGCAGGGCCCUGGACCACCCGCCUCAGGGAGAUCUACUCACCCCCGACGGGUGACAGCUGUGCCAAACAUCCAAAGCUGUGCCUCGAUGGACCAUUUGGAGAGGGCCACCAGGAGUGGCGUAAGUUUGAGGUGUCCGUGCUGGUGGGAGGGGGCAUUGGGGUCACCCCCUUUGCCUCCAUCCUCAAAGACAAGUCAUCGGUCAGCUGCCAAGUGUUCUGUAGGAAGAUCUACUUCAUCUGGGUGACACGGACCCAGCGGCAGUUUGAGUGGCUGGCUGACAUCAUCUGGGGGGUGGAGGAGAAUGACCACCAGGACCUGGUGUCUGUGCACAUCUACAUCACCCAGCUGGCUGAGAAGUUUGACCUCAGGUCCACCAUGCUGUACAUCUGUGAGCGGCACUUCCAGAAGGUGCUGAACCGGAGUCUGUUAACGGGCUUGCGCUCCAUCACCCACUGACCCCCCUUCGAACCCUUCUUCGACUCUCUGCAGGAGGUCCACCCAAAGGUCCAGAAGAUCGGGGUGUUUAGCUGUGACCCCCAUGGCAUGACCAAGAAUGUGGAAAAGGCCUGUCAGCUCAUCAACAGGCAGGACGGGAUUCAUUUCUCCUACCAUCAUGAGAACUUCUAGGCCUCCUGCCCAGGGCCUCUGCCCACUGCCCAGCUGAGCAGAGGUUUGGCCCCAUACCUCACCUCUAGCUUUCCUGUUUCUGGCUCCCUCAGCCGUCUCCCCAUUCGCACCUCCCAAGCUUGGUCCAGGUGGCCAUGGUUAGUCACCUCAUGCGGGUUCAGGGACUCCCAGGCCCGGAAGCUCUCAGCCUGGAGAAAUGCAAGGCACUGUGUGGGGACUAGAGGUUGGGAAGUAGGAGAGCUAUUAUUGCUUUGGGGCAAAGUGACACCUCUUCUUCCAAAAUAAGAAAAAAAAUAAAAAAACUGGAGCA